UUGUAAGAAUGCUGGCUUACUAGAGCUUCCAUAAUCUACAUAAAUACUGUCCGAGAUCCUGAAACCCAAGCAUCCUUCAAGCUUGCUAAAGUUUCUUGAGGCCGAGCGCACACCGAUCGGCAUAGUAGGCCGAUACAGCCGUAACGGGACACCAGACAGUGUACUUGCAGGCCCGUCAGGUACUAGUAGUGACUUCAGCAUGUCCGCUACCAUGAAGGUCUCUCAUGAGUCUUCGACUUCCCUGCACACAUCAAUUCCUACAAGGACGGUCGUCGUCAUGGGCGGUUCUUACGGAGGUUCAAGGGCCGCUCAACUUCUUGCAGAGGGUUUGCCACAGGGUUGGAGACUUGUUUUGGUAGAUAGAAAUUCCCACAUGAACCACGUUUACAACUUUUCUAGAUAUGCCGUUCUCGCUGGUCACGAGCAUAAAGCAUUCAUCCCGUACAUUAACUUCCCAUCUAGUCCGCUUUCAGAUAUUCAUUCAUGUUCAACUCAUGUUCGUGUACAAGCAACCAUCACUUCCAUAGACGACCAUCGCAUCAACCUCUCUCCGAACCUGGGAGAAUCACAGCACUCAUCCUUAGAGUUUGAUUAUGCCAUUUAUGCUCUCGGCUCCCACUUGCCCUCGCCAAUAGACCUCUGGAGUCACGAAAAAGGUAGAAUGAAGUCGAGUUUGGAACCACGUGAAAUACCAACAUAUGGAGGAACAAAGUCGGAGGGUACCUCAUCCCUCCGAGAACGCCAGGAACGCGUCGGCGCCGCGGCGUCCGUGUUAGUGGUAGGCGGCGGCGCGCUUGGUAUCCAAUUUGCAACCGACAUUGCUGCCGUAUACCCGCAAAAGCGCGUCACGCUUCUGCAUUCCCGUCAUCGUUUAUUGCCCAAGUUUGACGACGCGAUCCAUGAAGAAGCCCUUCAGGGUUUGCAGGAGCUGAACGUUCGGGUUAUUCUUGGAGAGCGACUCGAUUUCGAGUCUCUCCAACACACAUCUAAGAAAGGGUCCUCAGAACCACGCGUAGUACGGACUCUAUCAGGGCAGACAAUAACUGCCGACCUACUGCUCCUAUGCACUGGUCAAGUACCGAACACGGAGCUCCUUCGCGACAUGGACCCUCGUGCUGUAGCCACAGACACUGGACUGGCAAGUGUUCUGCGGACUAUGCAACUUUGCGUCCCACCACCUUUAAAGCCUCACAAGUUUCAGGCAGAUAACGACGAGGACAACGACGAUGAUGUACUGCAUUGGUUGAGGAAUUUUACUUUUGAUAUAGAAGAAGCGACAGGACCGUCAGAAUUCCCACCAUCCUCGCCAUCCUCGCCGUCUUUCGUACAUGAUGACAUACCUCCGACGUCAUCUUCUCCACGUGUUCCAUAUUCGCCGUAUUCCCUGUCACCCAGCUCAUCCACGGAUACCCUGGUGGAGUCCGACCUAUGCCAAGAGACUUUAUACCCAAAUAUCUUCGUCGUGGGGGACGCAGCAGAUGCAUUCAACGCGAUCAAAGCUGGACAUACAGCGUAUUAUCAAGCGGAGGUUGCCGCUCGGAAUAUCCUACGCCUCAUCCAUCAAGAUGGGAAAGUUGGGAUUGCAGCUAAGAACGACCUAGAUUCGGAGCUCGAGGAGUAUGCGCCUGGGCCUCCGGCGAUUAAAGUGACCCUUGGUAUGACGAAGUCGGUAUACGAGGUAAACGGGAUUGUAGGCACGAAAAAUGAUGGUGUGGAGGAUUUGGAUGCCGCUGCUAUGUGGGCAGCGUGUGGGAUACGGGAUGUGAACGAGGAGGACAUGUUUGCGUAGUUUGGUGUUUUUUGGUUCGUGGGCGGGAAAGCGCUUCGUGCUUUUGUCUCCGUUCGUCUCAUUCCGUAUGGUGUUUCUUCGUACCGACCGCAGUGUUAUCUCUGAAAUAUGUUUGUUAUUUCCCUCGAUGAGUGAUCUUAGGAAGCGGGUCUCGAGCCGACAGCUGCUAGUGAUUCUCACAAGUUAGGAGUCAGUGCGUGGCGUAAAGAAUCUAUUC